CAAGUGGACUUCGGCGUCAACUCCUCCACUAAACAUGUAAAUAUUUAGAAAGUGGAAAGAUGAUCAAGGAAAAGAGUUGAGGAAUAGAGAAAGAAAGCUUUUGCUCCAAAGAGAACAUCCACAACUCCUUCAGCCUCUGAUGAUGUCUGGUGCUGAUGCUGCUCUUUCAUCACUCUCAGUUCAGUUGACGGAUAUGGAUCAAUUUGCAGACGAUGCAGAAGAUGAUGAACUUCUUGAUGAUGCACAAUCUACAGGGUUCACAUUUACGGAAAAAAACUCUGCUAGAGCAAGUGCAAGCAAGGUUGUGAGUUGCCACAUCUCAUCAGAUGGAAAAGUUCUUGCUAGUGGUGGCCUUGAUAAGAAGGCCGUACUGUGGUACACAGAUAGUUUAACGCCAAAAGCUGUUCUCGGAGAACAUUCAUUGUUGAUAACUGAUGUUCGUUUCAGCCCGAGCAUGCCACGUCUUGCAACAUCUUCAUUCGACAAAACUGUCAAGAUCUGGGAUGCUGACAAUCCUGUUUCAUUUUGCACCUUUAUGGGACAUUCUGCUCCUGUCCUGUCAGUAGAUUUUCACCCAAACAAUGAUGACCUUAUCUGUUCGUGUGAUGCGAGUGGUGAGAUACGGUACUGGAGAAUUAACAAUGGCUUCUGUGCAAGCGUGUUUAAGGGUGGUAAGAGGCAGGUGAGAUUUCAACCCUGUCUUGGAAGAUUUCUUGCUACAGCUGCAGAGAAUGUUGUACAUGUACUGGAUGUGGAGACACAAGCUUGUCGGCAUUCAUUACAGGGGCAUACUAAGCCUAUCCAUUCUGUGUGCUGGGAUCCUUCUGGUGAGUUUCUCGCAUCUGUCAGUGACGACUCUGUUAGAGUUUGGGCACUUGGAGCAGGAGGGGAAGGCGAAUGCGUUCAUGAGUUGAGCUGCAACGGAAGUAAAUUUCAAUCGUGUGUUUUCCAUCAUACAUAUACUUCACUGCUUGUCAUUGGCUGUUAUCAGACACUGGAGUUAUGGAACAUGACAGAGAACAAGGUAAUGACUCUACCAGCACAUGAAGGACUCAUUGCUUCUUUGGCGGUGUCAAAUGUUACAGGUUUGAUUGCUUCGGCUGGUCACGAUAAGUUUGUCAAAAUCUGGAAGUGAAAUGGUUGUUACUCUGAUCAAAGAACUUUGACUGACUUGUAUUAUUAUCGUUGUUGUUGUAUUCCUGUUACUAUAUAACAACAUAAGGUUAAUUAAACAUCUAUUUUGAUGCUUCA